UUUAUUGCAUUUAUUGGGGUGACGUUAGUUAAUAGGAUCGUAUAGAUUUCAAGCGGUGAUUUCUACGGCACUAGAUCAGCACUGCACCGUGUGCCCACCACCUGACACAGGCUGUCAUCCGUCACCGUGUGGUAGAAGUCUCUUUGCACAGAGGGUCUCACAGGUGGCAGAAUUUGAUCGGCCCAAGAAGGGAAGAAACUGGGAAAGGCAAGCGGGGCGUGCCUGUAACUGAGAUAGAGACCUUACACGGGAUAGCAUUCCGUCUCCCCGUACUUCCGAACCAUGAAGAGAAAAUGGGAAGAAAAACGGAAGCGGAUCGAAGAACAAGCAUCGCGUUUCGCAAGGAACCCGCUGCCCUCGGUGUACAGACCCAGGCUGUCCCAGCUGGGACACCCGGCCCCCGUCUGGGAACUGUUUCCUCGGCAAGCUCAAGCUUUCAAUUUUGUUAAAAGCUGCAAAGAGGACGUUCACGUGUUCGCUUUGGAACACGAAGUGGGCGAAGGACAACGUGUUUACCUCGUGACCACCUACGUGCAGUUUUGGUUUUAUUACAAAUCCCGAAAAAACCUCUUGCACUGCUACGAAGUGAUUCCUGAAAAUGCCGUUUGCAAGCUCUAUUUUGAUCUGGAAUUUAACAAACUCGCCAAUCCAGGGGCAGACGGAAAGAAGAUGGUGGCAUUACUCAUUGAGCAUGUUUGUAGAGCACUUCAAGAAUCGUACGAGGUUAACUGUUCGGCCAAAGACGUUUUCAACCUCGAUUCCAGCACUGACACCAAGUUCAGCCGCCACCUGAUAUUCCAGCUCCGUGAUGUGGCGUUUAAAGAUAACAUCCACGUUGGUAAUUUUGUGAGAACAGUGUUGCAGCCUGCUUUUCAUCUCAUUGCCAGUGAGGAUGAUGAAGAUGCCGGAGGGGUUCCAGAGACGGCAGGCCCUGCGUCUCCCUGCUUUCCUGAAGCACCGGCUCAGCAAGGAACGCCCUGCAGCAGUGGCGGAGCAUCCACAGAGAAGGAGAGAGGCGGCAGGAGCCGGACCUGCGAUCCCAGGGGCCUGGAGGGCCCGGGACCGGCUCAGCCAGGCCGUCCUGAUCUUUCCUUCUUAGUCGUGAAGAAUGCCUCAGGGAAAAAGUGUCUGUUUGUAGAUCUCGGAGUCUAUACGAGAAACAGAAACUUCCGGCUGUAUAAGUCAUCAAAAAUAGGAAAAUGCGUGGCCCUGGAGAUUGCCGAAGAUAACGCGUUUUCUGUCACGCGGUCCAGCGACAUUUCCGAGGAAAACCAGUACUUCCUGUCGUCUCUGGUGAGCAACGUCAGAUUCUCAGAUGCUUUACGAAUUCUUACAUGUGACGCACCCAAGAAUAAACAGAGACAGCCUGGGCAUUUUAACAGUCCCAGCACUUCAGUAGAAAACAUUGAAGGUUUUCAGGGUUCACCCUACCCUGAAAUUGAUCAAUUUGUUCUUUCUUUGGUGGAUAAAAAUGGCAUUAAAGGAGGAAUUCGGUGUUGGAACUACUUUUUUCGAGAGCAAUUACUGGUUUAUGACAUUUGCAAAUACCGCUGGUGUGAAAACAUUGGAAGAGCCCACAAAAGUAAUAACAUCAUGAUUGUGGUUGAUCUGAAAAAUGAAGUUUGGUAUCAAAAAUGCCAUGACCCUGAAUGCCAGGCAGUGAACUUCAGAUCUGACUGUGCCCCACUGCCUGCCGAAGUCCGUUUGUCGUUUCUUCUCGGAGAGGAAGAAGAGUUUGCAACUGACGAAGCAAUGAGCAAUGAAACCGAGAAUCCUCAAAAGCCACCGUCCUGUAUGUUGUCAAAGACUGAAUUUUCUGGUCCUGACUGGGACAAUGGCAUUGACGACACUUGUUUUCUGGAAGCGACUGAAGACGCCGAAUUAGCAGAAGCUGCGGAGACCAGCCUUCUUGGUUGUGACAGUGGAGGGGACGAAAUUCCUGAUGAACUGAUUGUGGAAGUUUACAAGAAGAGCUAGCUAACCGUGGAGACUUACGUAACCGUAACCAGGCUGUGAUUUGUCUGACAACAGAUUGUAAAAACGAACAUUAAAUUAUAGUAACUCAUUGUAAAUUAUAGUAACUCAUUGUUAAAUUUGUUGAUAAAAGUUUUAUUUUGCUUUCCAAUUUUGGUUUUUACUGAAGUAAAUCACUUUUAUUGAAAAUUAA